AAGAGAAGCACAAGGAGUUCCUCUCCAAACUCGUGACGCAGUUGUUGUAUGCUUGCAACUACCAACGGUCAGAGUUGGAGAGAUAGUACCAGGACCUAACGCAACAGCAUCAGGAGUUGGCAAAGCUCCGCCGCAUGGUGCAGAGCCACGAGGAUGCAACUCGGGCACUCAAUGCUCGAUUGCUGGACCUGGAACAGGCUGUACCAGGACCAACUGCUGGGGCUUUCAGCAGUGCACCCUCUAGCCGCCAACUGGAGGACCGCGUUGACCACGUAGUGGCAAUGCUCGGCGACAUCAGCACUUUCGCUGCGCCAACCACCACCAUCAGCAGUCAGCCGCAUACAUUGAAGACCGAGGUCCAGCAGCUGCAGACGACGAACGCGGAUGGCAAUCCAAAGAUGUAUAAGAUGCCAACUUUCAAUCUGGAGAGGUUCGACGACUACACGCAGCAGGAUCCGGUCCUCUGGUGGGAAGCAUUCACAACGCAACUCAAGAUUCUGUCCGUAGCCAAGCAUGCGUACAUUGGCGCCCUGUUCUUGAACUCAAAGGGCGGAUGCCAGACCUGGUUGAGCCACCUGGCAACCUCCCAUGCGGUCGACGUACCAGACUUGAAGGACCAAAUGACAUGGGAGGAACUGACACGACUGUGGAAGGAGCGGUUCAUCGUCGACGACGCGCCGACACUCGCCAUUAACCGUUUGUUCACUAUGUCACAGGGCAACACUGCAACACGGGAUUGGCUCACAGAGUGGCAGAAGAUUGCGGCAGUGCCCAAUCUGGACCUGCCUUUCACUCAUCUCAGACGUGAGUUCUACAACAGAUCCUGCGCUGCAUUGAGCCAAGCUCUUGGUGAUCGCGAGCAGUACUCCACUUUCACCGAGAUUAUCGACAAGGCGAGAGAGAUCAUCAAGACCAAUAGGUCAGCUGCACACGAGAAAUCGACAUGGCAGCCGACCUAUGUGGAGAAGGUACAAACUGGUCCGCGACAGCAGCACUUCGCUGCAGUCCAGCAGAACAGUGGAGAUAACCCAACAGCCACUCCAGCAUCAAGUGACGGAGAUCAGGUGGCUGCUGUCCAGACGCGAAGCAAUAACAAGUCCCGCAACAAUGGGAAGGCGAAAYCCGCAUCGCAGGCCGGAAAUCGACAGCCAGUACAAGUUCCAUGGGUCAAGUUUGGCUUGACCGAGGCAGAGUACAAUGUCCGCGGCCGCUACGGCAACUGCUACUGGUGGAACAACACCAAGCACAAGACCUCCCUAUGCCAAGAUCAGGGCAAGGAGGAUGUGCGACCCYGCCUCAGCUCGGGAAACUGAGCUCCGCGGAAGGUGAGUAGCUUAGGAUGACUUGAGUUGACUGGGUCCAGAGUACGUGGGCGAAAGGGAAGGAUGAGGAUCGGACGGAAAGGCCAUAGUCCUAGCGUAAACUCUGGCGCGGGUGGGCUCUGGUGUAGGAUGCUUGAAAACAAAGGAUCAAGAAAAAG